CUAGCCGAUAAUUACCCAAUGGAGAAGUCAACAUACCAUUGCCUUUAUGUACUGUCGCUGCUUUGGUGUGUUGCGCAUGCCGCUCCAGGCCCGUCCGAGCAGAAGACUUCCGCGCGGGGAAACGUUUGCGGGCAGCACUACGACGACAUCUAUGCAGCGGCACAGAGCUGGCAGACGAAUGGUAUCGUACCGGAGCAUGAAACCCAGUACAAGGAGCUGAAGGAGAAGUGCGCCCAGGCGCACAAGGAACGCCAGGAGCAGCUGGACGCAACCACCACCAAGCUGCCAGGCUACGUGAGCAACAUUGCCAUUGCGCUUAGCUCUCUUAAUGCGACGUUGCAGACGGAGGUGUCCACGCUCGAGCAAAUCGUGCAGGAGCAGCACAAAUCGCUAGCGAGUGCGUGGGAGUAUGGCUUGGAGCUACAGCACGAGCUGCUGGUCACCAACAUUGAAUCGGAUCGGAUCGAAAAGGCACUGCUCUACCACUCGAUCCUCCAGGACUCGUCGCCUAAGCAGAUACUGACGGAGAGCUACGCGUACCACGGUUCGCGCGGUAAGAUGGUGGCGCUGCUGCUGAAGUUUGUCCGCUCGCUACCCGCCAAGACCGAACGCGUCGAGGCGUACACGGAGCUGGAGCGGCUGCUGAAGAGCAACGGUCAGGAUGAGCGCUUCCCGGCCAUUAUCUUCUCCCAGGAUGUGAAGGAGCUCGGUGACCAAGGGUACAACCCCGAUCACACGCAACUCGAAGGAAAGACCGUCGCUCGUUGGCAAACGCUCCUGCUUGCCGGGAACUUCUCCGAGAUCGUGCUGUUCGCGAAAGACCAUCCCACGUACUAUGCACGCAUCGCGUCCACGCUGAUCGACGCCCUAAACAAGACCUGGUCGAAGGAAGCGCUCGAUAAAGUGAUCCAUUUCCCCAACGCCCUCCCGAGCCCGUCGCAGCGGGUCGUCGCGUUCAAGGGUGUGCUGGAGUCUCUGCUGGCGCACCAGGAGCAACAGCUCAACGACCUAUAUCUUAUAAAGCUGGCCAAGGAAAUGGAGAAACUUGAGCGUCAUCUGGAAGCUGGCGGAGACGGGCAGGCUAGGGAGAGCCUCAAGGAAGUCCAGGACAUCUUCGGAAAGUUCUCCUACACACGCAGCUUCUCGAAUUACGUCGAUCUCUAUGGUAUGCUCAAGUCAGAGCUUUGAGUGGAAUGUUGGGACUGUUUUCGAUAAGUGAAACGGGAUGUGGUGAAAUUAAUAAACGAGUUAUUGUACUUAUUCA